AUCGAUAGCCUGUGAUAUACAACUGAGCCCAGCUGAUCUAAUUGCCGGCUUCUCCUCGUCCUUGUUACCGGACUACCAUGGACAAGCUGCAAGUCUUGGCUCCUGUUACAAGGCUCAGUGAGAGCGUCACCAGAAUCUUGGCCCAGAACCCGGGGAAAUUCACAUUGCAGGGACAAAUACAUAUCUCGUGGGAAAGCAACGUCCGUUCACAUUGCUCGAUGUCGGCGAGGGGCGAGAUGAAUAUACCGCUCUGCUUGAAGCUAUCAUCAGAAGGGCCGGAAUCUCCGAGUCCUCCGAGCCUGAUAUCUCCGACAUUAUAAUCUCCCAUUGGCACGAGGAUCAUGUCGGCGGCCUUCCAAAGGUUCUCGCCCUCCUCGAACGACUCUGGCACGAACGUCAUGGCACUCUCUCUUUCAAACCACCGCGUCUUCACAAAUUUCCGACUCAAACAUGCCCCCAGUACAGCAAGCUUCCAGCGAUCCUCUCAUCUUUGCCCCCGAAUUCGUUCGUAACCGCGCCCGAUGGCAGCCACUUUCACGAUCUACGUGACGGGGACGUGCUGUCAGGAUUGCAUGUGCUUCACACUCCGGGACACACGGUCGAUUCCAUGUGUCUCUACUUCCCUCAGGACGGAGCGUUCUACACGGCUGAUACCGUUCUCGGACAAGGGACCGCAGUGUUCGAGGAUCUUGCGACGUAUAUCGGGAGUCUGCGCAGGAUGCUGGACUACGUGAACGAGAGGAAGGCGUUCACUCUGUAUCCCGGGCAUGGACCCGUCAUUUACGAUGGACCGAAAGUCAUCGAAACGUAUAUUAAGCACCGGAUGGACAGAGAAGCUCAGAUUCUGGGCAUCAUCGGGGCAAGACCUGGGGAUAACACACCGUGGACGACGUGGUCAAUUGUAGCGCAGAUCUAUGCAGCUUAUCCGGAGUCGUUGUGGCUUCCUGCUUCACGCGGCAUUGAUCUCCACAUGCGCAAAUUGGAGGGUGAGGGUGUGGUCCAGCGUCUAGAUGGCGAGGGAAAGGACGCGGUAUGGGUACUGGCCUAGAUUGUGACAUUCUUAGAUUUCCGUGGCUCGCAGUGAUGUUAUUUGAGAGCAGCAAGCUGCAAGCAAGUUGCGGCCCGGUUGGCGCACAGCUUAGCUAAUACUUGGCACCGAUGGGGAUUUGCGUGGUUUCCUCUUAUCCAUCUCUUCGCACUCCGUCGGGCUUCCUAGUACUAUCAUAGCUGCCGAUCUCACCAUCAAGCGCUCGCCUGACUGCGAGCCGCAUGGUUGGUAUCAUGAUAAUUGGCUACAACGCGUCAUCUUACUUCUUUCGAUGCGUCUGUGGAUGUUAUCUCCUCACCCGUUUGCGCGGCCGUGAAAAGCGAUCAUUGAUUUUCUCCGGACGCGUUAAUAUAAAGCUGGGUGUGGGAUUUGUAUGAUGGUUUCAGGGAGAGAAGAUGUUCGACUUUGCUCUACUCGCCGUUCUCGUCCUGUGCGCGUCGCAUGGCGCGAGUGCUAUCGGCCCCGGCAAUGCCAACUUCCCGCGCAAGCCUGUAAUUCCGAUACCAUCCAUGCACGACAUUGGACCGGUGACAAGUCGGAACGGGACCGCUCUGCCGCCGUACACAACGACGUACUCUUUCCAGCAGCUGAUCGACCAUAACAAUCCGUCGCUUGGGACCUUCACUCAGCGUUACUGGCACACCUAUGAGUUUUAUGAGCCUGGCGGCCCGAUCAUCUUCUUCACUCCCGGGGAAGCGAACGCAGCUCCCUAUUCUGGCUAUCUGACCAAUCGGACUAUCAACGGUCAAAUUGCUCAGCAGGAGAACGGCGCGGCAAUCGUCCUGGAGCAUCGGUUCUAUGGUCUAAGCAACCCGCUCCCGGACUUGAGCGUCGCAAGUCUUCGCUUGCACACAAUCCAGCAGGCGAUCGAUGAUCUCAAGUACUUUUCGGAAAAUGUGGUGCUGCCCAUGCCUAACGGAGGGAACCUCAAACCCUCGACGACGCCUUGGAUUCUCGUUGGCGGGAGCUACUCUGGUGCCCUCACCAGUUACACCAUGGUUAACAAACCCGGUCUCUUCGCUGCUGGUUAUGGAUCCAGUGCCACGGUGCAGACGAUACUGGACUUCUGGCAGUACUUUGAGCCUGAACGCAUCUUCAUGGCAGCCAACUGCUCCGCGGAUGUCGCGGCCGUCAUUUCCCAUAUCGAUCAGGUGUUCACCAGUGGGAAUUCCCGCGCCAUCCAGUCUAUCAAAAACAUGUUUGGGAUGGGUUCUAUGACCCACCUGGACGAUGUGGCUGGUGCGCUACGGAACAAUCUGUGGGAUUGGCAGGCUUUGUCGCUCAGCGGAGGCGCUGGCGGCCGGUUCUUCCAGUUCUGCGAUGCGCUGGAGGUCAAGAAUGGAGUCAAUGCACCUGCACGUGGCUGGGGCUUGGAUCACGCUCUCAGCGCCUGGGGCCAGUAUUGGACCCAGACUUAUUUUCCAGCGAUAUGUGGGAAUUCGAGUGCCGUAGAUUGCCUUGGAACAUACGAUGCAACCCAAACUUAUUACACAAGUACUGCGAUCGACAAUGCGGGAAGAUCAUGGUUCUGGAUCGUUUGCAAUGAAGUUGGCUUUUUCCAGGAAGCGGCACCUGUUGGGAAACCUACCUUGGUAUCUAGGUUGAUGCAGCCCGGUUACGACCUCCGCCAAUGCCAGUUGAUGUUCCCCGAAGCUUUCCCUAGUCCUCCGAACAUUCAAACGGCCCAGACGAACCGCGUAUACGCUGGCUGGAACGUGUCUGUUCCGCAUCUUUUCCUCGCAAACGGAGAACGGGAUCCCUGGCGAUAUGCUACACUGUCGGCGCCAGGUGUAACAACCAAGAGCACAGCAGAACAACCUAUCGUUGUCGGACAAGGGUUCCAUUGCGGAGAUCUUUCUACUGCCGAAGCUGCGGCCAAUCCCAGCGUUCUUGCCGUUCAAAAAGCUGGCCUUGCUUCCAUCAAAGGCUGGAUUGCAGCUUGGAAACCGGCGAAUGUGAAACGAAGCGAUCCGGAAAUUCUUUCAAAGCCGAUACAGGGAUGGUUUAGGCAACCAACGUCGUUCUAAUCAUAGUCUAUUGUAUGUAAGGCUUCAUCGAUCAAGGUCAUGCGCGAUCGUCCUCUGUGCUUGUGGUUGUCAUCGUCAGAUUGACAAGACGCUUUGACGAGAAUACGAUUCAGGCCUGGUACUGGAAGCUCAGACCUUCGGGUUCUACUGCCCUCACGCAAUUGCAACCUAUGGACACCAUCGAUAUCAAGACCGAUGCAUCCCCUUCAGCUCCCAAACUGGAUUCUUUCGCAGAUCCUCCCAUUGCCGCGCUGGAGCAACCGAGUCCCGGACCUGGGGCCACCAGCCCAGACUGAUUCGAAUUUGUGAUCUUUCUCCCUUCCCCGUCUAAGCGGAUGAGUUUUAAAGAGCUUUGUCCGUCGAACGGCUGUGCGUCUCCCAUGGAGAGCGAGCUAUACGCCAGCGUCAAUAUUUGGCAUGCGUUCGGCGCCGAUCUUCGGUGCGGGCGAGCAUCCGCCUUGCAUAGGUUCUCUCCGAACCACGGGCGCAAGACUUCUCCGUUCCCUGUUGCUGAGCUGCUGCAUGAGUCCCGAGCCGAAGCGCCCAUUGGAAUCCCGUCACACUGUCUGACACUGAUCAGACAGCUCACGUUAUCCUCUGAGUGUGUGGACCGUGCAUCUGGUGGUUUGCCGUCUUUGCGCCUGGGCAAAAGUCAAGUGGAACCUCCCUUCUGACAACAACUGGUGGCACAAGCCUAUCCCGAGAAGAGUCAGUCCUCAGUCUUCCGCGAGUCUUUGACUGUAGAUUCUGCUCCUCGCGGAACGCAAUGAUAGUCAAUUCCACGGCGGCCAGUGAUUGAACGGAUUGCAGAUCCUUCAAAAUCCACUUCUGUUCCGCGGUGGAUUUCAUUACGCGCAAGACGAACCGUUCUGCGAAAUUGAUACCCUUCUCGGGCAUUUGGCCGUGGUGUGAGCAUAUGUACUGAGGGUAACGGCAGGAUGCUCGACUCGGCGAGUGAAAAAAAUGCCUUUGACCCAUAUCCCGGGUACGUUUCCGUGAUUUUACACGGACAGCGUGGUAGAUUCAUACAGCGAAUUCAGGAUGGGGGUGAUUCCCUGCUUCGAGCAGUGUGUAUUUUCACAUGCGUGAAUUGGACGAUGAGGCAUGAUCCAGGGUAAGCAUGGCAAAGGAAAUGACGCAGCAUGCGCGCUGACGUUCUUUUUUCUACGUUUCUGGCAUUGUUUAGAUUCAAUUGAGGAAAAUUGGAGAAAGAUGGGUCACGGUGUUUGUGGGAAGGUGGCGCGGUAUUUUAGCUUAGGUAAUCCUCAACGACCAGUGUGUGGGCGCCCGUCACUUUCAUUCUGGUCCACAUUCGUUCCUUCGGGCAGUAUCGGCCUUCGUAACGCUAUAGCUCAGUUCUGGAACUCAGCCGCUCGCCUGACGAGAACAUCGCAUGCUUGAUAUCAAGAUGAUUGGUACCGAGAAUGCGUCAUCUCCUCUACCGAGGCCUUGUCUCGCCAGUCCGGCGCAUUAUUUCCUCUCUCGUUUGUGCCACCGAGAAAAAACGAUCACGGAAUCUCUAGAGCGCGUAGCUAUAAAGCUGAGACGAACUUGAAUGUGGGAUCCAAGACGAGAACUCGAAGAUGCUCAACCUUGCUCGACUUGUCGCGGCAGUUCUGCUUCUGUGCGGGUCCCAUGGCGCGAUGGGUGGCAAGGCCAACUUCCCCCGCAAGCCGCUCAUCCCUGUUUUGCCGUUGGAAGAUACAGGACCGGUCAUAAGCCGGAACGGUACCGUUUUGCCACCGUAUAACACGACCUAUACUUUCCAGCAGAUCAUCGAUCAUAACAAUAUCGCUCAGCAGGAGAACGGAGCGGCGAUCGUGUUAGAGCAUCGAUUCUAUGGUUUGAGUAACCCCCUUCCGGAUUUGAGCGUCACCAGUCUCCGCUUGCACACCAUUCAGCAGGCUGUCGAGGAUCUCAAAUACUUUGCGGAGAACGUGGUGAUGCCCAUGCCUAAUGGCGGCAAUCUCAAACCCUCGACGACGCCUUGGAUUCUCGUUGGUGGUAGUUACUCUGGUGCCCUAACCAGCUACACUAUGGUCAACAAACCCGGUCUCUUUGCUGCUGGCUAUGGAUCAAGCGCAACCGUUCAGACGAUCCUCGACUUCUGGCAGUACUACGAGCCCGCCCGUCAGUACAUGGCGCCUAAUUGCUCUGCGGAUCUUAUUGCCGUCAUUUCCCACAUCGACCAGGUUUUCACCGGCAGUAACACCACAGCUAUCCAGGCCAUCAAGGACGUGUUUGGCUUCGGCUCGAUAACGCAUCUGGACGAUAUUGCUGGCGCGCUGCGCAACAAUAUGUGGGAUUGGCAGGCUUUGUCGUUGCGUGGCGGCGCCGGUGGCCGCUUCUUCCAGUUCUGUGAUGCGCUCGAAGUCAAGAACGGAGUGAACGCCCCUGCAACAGGCUGGGGCGUGGACCACGCCCUCAACGCAUGGGGCCAGUUCUGGAACCAGACUUACUACGCGCAGAUCUGUGGUACUGCAAAUGCUGUAGAAUGUUUCGAUUCGUACAAUGCGUCAGUACCCUACUACACCAGUACUGCGAUUGACAACGAAGUGAGGUCUUGGCUCUGGAUCGUCUGUAAUGAAGUUGGCUUCUUCCAGGACGCUUCGCCCACAGGAGUGCCUUCUACAGUAUCAAGGCUGAUACAGCCCGCUUACGACCUGCGGCAAUGCCAAUUGAUGUUCCCAGAGGCGUUCCCCACUAUCCCCACGGCUCAAUCGGUCAAAACGGCGCAAACUAACAGCCUGUAUGCUGGCUGGAACGUCUCCGUCUCGAAUCUGUUCCUUGCAAACGGAAAACGUGAUCCCUGGUUGUAUGCGACGGUGUCUGCGCCUGGUUUGAAUAAGAAGAGCACAUCUAAGCUGCCUAUCGUGAUGGGAGAAGGAUUCCACUGCGGGGAUCUUUCCACCGCCGAGGCCGUCGCCAACCCUAGUGUUCGUGCUGUCCAGAAGGCUGGUCUUGCCGCCAUCAAAGACUGGAUCGAGGACUGGGAGCCUAGUGAGACCGAUUGAAUCAUCAAACAAAGUCUUUCCCUGUCCAUGAGACAACACACCUCUUUCUGAAUUGUAACCCAUGGCAUGCUGCUAUAGUUCCAUUACGCUGUUGUCCGUCCUGCACUUCAUACUAUGAUUCUUUUGUCCGUUUUAGAUCGCUGAGAGGCCCCAAGUCCAGAAUGGUUCGAGAUCGAAAUCCGGUUGAACUGCUUAUUUG